GGCGAAUUGGUAGGUCGCCAAAGUCACAAAAUACGAAAAAGAUGCGAAACCUCAAGAUCGUGGGGAGGUCGCUCCUCCAAUUUUCUGGGGAGAACCCGCUGCCCCUCACUGCGACAGCAUGGGAUGCUGCGUCGAAUUCGCUGAUAUGCGCCUUUGGCCCAUCUGAGUCACGUGCAGCCAUCGAGCUCAAGAGAUUGCACUACACACGCAGCGGCAUCGAGGACCGACUUGAGAGCGUAGCUGCAUGGGACGCACCGUGUCCGCUACCGUCACUUCCACAUGACUCAGUUCUGAGCCUACACCACUUUGCGGACACAACGACAUCAUGCCUCAUCCUGGCCGGCGGCGACAUCAUCCUGGUUCGCGAAAGUCCACUUGCAAAUGAGGAGCUUGUUGAGAUUGUGGGUUCCGUUGAUGCUGGAAUCGCGGCAGCAGCGUGGUCACCGGACGAGGAACUCCUUGCCAUUACCACCCAGGCGGACACAUUGCUCCUGAUGAGCCGGGAUAUCGAGAACAUCGCAAGCAUUACGCUCGCACCGGAGGAUGUCAACGUCUCGAGUCACGUAUCUGUUGGCUGGGGAAAGAAAGAGACGCAGUUCAAAGGGAAGCGGGCAAGAGCAUUGCAGGACCCUACCGUACCUGAGCACAUCGACGAAGGCAAGCUGAGUCCGUUCGAUGACCGAUCCGUCACUAUCAGCUGGCGAGGAGAUGGCGCCUACUUUGCGCUUACCAAGGUCGAACAGGAGCAGCGCCGCAUGAUCAGAGUGUACUCGAGAGAGGGGCAACUGGACAGUGUGAGCGAACCUGUUGACGGGCUCGAGGGUGCUCUUAGCUGGCGGCCUUCCGGAAACCUCAUCGCCAGUGUACGUCGCUCCAGUGACAAACUCGAAGUUGUCUUUUUCGAGCGCAACGGUCUUCGCCACGGUCAAUUCGACCUACGCUUUACCCCGGAAGAGCUCACAGCUUUGGUCGGCCCCCUGACCGUCAAGUGGAACAGUGAUUCAAGCGUAUUGGCGGUGUCAUACCCAGACAAAGUACAGCUCUGGACGAUGAGCAACUACCACUACUACCUGAAACAAGAGCUUGUUUUUCCUGACAUCGCCACACGAACAGCCUUGUGCACAUGGCACGCUGAACGACCACUGGCUGUCGCUGUAUCCACUCCAAGCGCUCUGCAGAUCGCUGAACUCUUAUCCGCCACAGCAUCUGGCUCGGUGGCUCCUCCCCACGACUACGGUCUUGUUGCAUCGAUUGAUGGGUUGUCUCUUAAGCUCACACCACUGAGAGUCGCCAAUGUGCCACCGCCUAUGGCGUUUUGUACAGUAUCUCUGGAUCGUAAGCCCACCGACGUCGCACUAUCCAGGUCUGGCACAAGGCUUGCAGUGCUCUCGGACAAUCACCUUGCCGUCUUCGGGCUCGAUGUGACAAAGCGACCCAUGUCAAGGCCAACCCUUCUGUGGCAGAGCGAUGCACUCGAGGGUCAAUCGGCACGCCAUGUCACCUUCAUCGAUGACGACCAGUUGUAUGUAUUGACUGACAGCUGGAUCGAUGAUGAAAGCUCCAUAUGGAGAAGCGAAGGACAACUGCUUCUGCCGCAAGGACCCAUCGUGGACGCAGAAGGUGUUUCACUGCUUACAGGUGAUGUCGACUACCGAAGUCUUUACGUGCAGUUGCAGAGUGGCGCACUGCUGCAAGUGGAUACAAAUGAUGUGACUUCUGACCUGCCACCUCAGACUACCUUGACACAAAAAUUCCCGGCUUUUGCGCCUGAGUCCAAGAUUACGAGCAUCGAUGGACAGCGUAUUGCCUUUGGGCUUACCAAGAGCGGCGUGCUAUUUGCUAACGAGCGUGUGCUCGUCCGCAAUUGCACCUCGUUCGUAGUAACACCAGCCCAUCUCAUCUUCACAACGACGCAACACCUUCUCAAGUUUGUGCAUUUGACCAGUGUAAAUGAACUCGAAGUACCAGGAGACGAGCCACAAACAGACGAGCGCUGCCGAAGUAUCGAGCGUGGUGCGAAAAUUGUUACCGUCAUGCCUACAACCUUCUCGGUGGUACUGCAAAUGCCGCGAGGCAAUCUCGAAACCAUCUUUCCUCGAGCUCUUGUACUAGCGGCGAUACGGCGCAGCAUUGAGGCGGAUCAGUACAGCGAUGCGUUCUUUGCAUGCAGAAACCAGCGCGUGGAUAUGAAUAUCAUACACGACCACGAUCCUGAACGUUUCAUGAGGAGCAUUGAAUUGAUCGUCAACCAGAUAAAGAAGGUUGAGCUCCUUGAUUUACUCUUGUCGCAACUUCGUAAUGAGGACGUGUCAGAGACAAUGUAUCGGGAGACACUGAAGACGAAGGACCUUGUGAACAAGUCAAGGCUUUCGCAAGAUCAGGUCGCGAACAAGGUCAACCGUAUCUCAGAUGCUUUCCUUGUGGUCUUGGAGCAGCCGCAGUACAAGGACGAGCACCUCCAGAACAUCAUCACGUCGCACGUGUCAAAAGUACCGCCUGCUUUGGAAGCUGGCCUCGAGAUGAUCGGUAGGCUACAGUCAUCGCAAGACCCUCUCACAGACAAAGCUGCCGAGCAUAUAUGCUUCCUUGCAGACGUCAAUCAGCUCUAUGAUACAGCACUGGGGCUUUACAACCUAGACUUGGCUCUUCUAAUUGCGCAGCAGUCGCAGAAAGAUCCCCGAGAGUACCUUCCGCAUCUUCAGUCGCUCCAAGAUCUUCCCGACAUUCGACGGAAGUUUCAGAUCGACGAUCAACUUGGUCGUCAUGCCAAAGCUCUCACGCAUCUCAAAGAACUUCAGGCGUUUGACGAAGCGCAAGACUACAUCCAGCAACACGUUCUGUACAUUGAUGCGUUGGUCAUGUACCAGUACGAUGCUGCGCAGGUGAAGAAAAUCAUGCGCCUCUACGCCGACUAUCUCAGCAGCACAAACAAGCACAAGGAAGCUGCCCUUGCGUACGAAUACCUUUCAGAUCACGCCUCGGCUUGGCUCAGCUAUCGCUCCGUCAAUCUCUGGCGCGAGGCUCUCUCUUCAGCAACACUGGCCGGCGCCUCAGACGAAGAGCUCACAGAUCUCGCUUCCUCGCUUGCCGAAGGUUUGACAGAGUCGAAGGACUACCACUCAGCCGCCACUAUCACACUCGACUACCUCUCCGAUCUACCCGCUGCAGCAAGGCUGAUGUGUCGUGGGCACCACUUUGCAGAGGCUACACGCCUCGUAGUUCUGCGACGGGAUCCCUCCCUGAUCGAAUCUGUCAUCGACCCCUCUCUCAUCGAGCGUAGCGCCGACAUGACCGAGUUCCUAGCUGACAUGCGUUCUCAACUACACGCCCAAGUGCCUCGCUUGCAGGAACUCCGUACCAAGAAAGCAGACGACCCUAUGGCCUUCUACGACGGCAUGGACGGCGUUGACAACAACAUCCCAGACAACAUCUCCCUCGCGCCCACCGACACAACUAGUGGCGGCACAUUCAUGACGCGUUACACAAAGCAGACCGGCACUGUGAACACGACGGCCACACGUAAGACGAGCAAGAACAAGCGCCGCGAAGAGCGCAAGCGCGCCAAGGGAAAGAAAGGCACAAUCUACGAGGAAGAAUAUCUCACGAAUUCGAUCGAGCGUCUUAUCGAGCGCAUCAAUAGCAUGCAAGACGAGAUCCAGCGCCUGGUCGAGGGCCUGGUGAAGAGGGGCAUGAGGGAGCGCGCUGGCGCUGUUAGCCGCGCGCAUCAGGAUGUUGUGGAGAAGUGCAGCGAUGCGGUUAGGGAGAUGUACCCUGUUGAUCCCGAGGCUGCGAAGAAGGUAGAGAGUGGUAUGGACGAUGGCGUUCAGGGCAUCGAUGGGGUGGUCAAGCCGACAGGGGGUGAUGCGACGCUCUGGGAGAGCUUGCAGGAAGUCGAGAGGAAGAGAGUUGCUCCGGUUGUCAAGGGGGUUGAAAUACUGAGUCUAUUGUGAGGGAACGCGGUUGAGCUCAGUCGCGUGUGGUGGUUACUUCAGAUGGUUGCAGGAAGCAGCCACGGACGAAUUGGGACGAUCCCUACACAAGCAGUGCUAACAUUCGCAUUCGCUUUACGACAAUUUACUUUACAGCUCGGUUCCGUAUUCAUAGUCGCCGUGCUGCCCUACGCUGCGAGUAAUGCCGC